AUGGUGCUGGAGAAGAAGAACUCGGCGAGGGUGGAGGCCGGCCAGAGGAGGGUUUUGGACGAUGCAACGCGCCAGAGGAGACUUAGUCGGCAGCUCGAAGCUUUGGAGAAAGACAACUUCCAGGACGACCCUCUGAGCUCGCUCCCCGCGCCAGGUCCGACCGCCCGCCUCCCAGCCUUCAGUGAAACGGAGGAGCCUGAGAAGAAGAAGAGGAAGACGCGAGGCGAUCACUUCAAGUUGCGAUUUAGGAAAAACUUCACGGCGCUCCUCGAGGAGGAGAACUUGGCGGACAAGCCGGAGCCCAACUACCUUUCGGCGCUGGCCCCUCCCUCGUCGCUACCCCCUCGCCAUUUCUGCUGUGUGUGCGGCUUUCCGUCCAACUACACAUGCACGACCUGUGGGGGGCGCUAUUGCUGCGUCAAGUGUUUGAUUACACACCGAGAAACAAGGUGUCUCAAGUGGACGCUGUGACGGACAUUACCCCAAUUCCUUGGUAACAUACUCACCUGGUCCAGGAACAAAAACUUGUACAGUAAUCCACCAAUUACUUGCGACUUCAUACUUUCCCCAGCUUUUUUUUUUAAUGAUGCCCCACUAUAUCGCGAUUCAUUGUUCAACAAUGCCACCGUUGAUAAUUUUUUAAAUUAUUUUAUGUUGUUUACGGCAUGCUGGCAAGUCUGAAUUUAGGCUUGCGUGCCUUCAUUACCACGCUGCAACUUGCCCGGGCAGCACUGAGCUCUACUAGUACAGAUGUAGUUAUUAUUAAUAGCAAGAAGAGGAUGCAACUUCAGUGCAAUGGCAUAGUAUGUUUUGCUUUUUUAAUAUUCGUUUUCUCACCGAGCAGUAAGACCACCACAUGCCUGUUGUUAGAUGCUCUGCUUUUAUGCGUUGUUGCUCCAUGUGCAAAUUGCAAUUACUUUAACAUCUAUACAGAUUUUUGUUUGCUCUUAUAUGGCCUUUCAAAUUGUAUAAUUUAAUAGCAAACAUGUUGGUGUUUAAAUAAGUAUACAACGUGUAAUUCUCUUGUUUGAUGUGUCAACUUGGAGUGACAAUUUAAACAGCUUGAAGCAAACUUGCUCUGCCUGUCACUCAGUGAACUGUGUGAAAGAGUGAGAGUAGGCAUCGAAGAAUACUUUUAAAAUGUGGUAUAAACUCACUUGCUUGCCUGCGACCCUGAUCACUAAAUGCCAAUCUCACCCAUGAGUUGAUCUCAUUGACAUGUGAUAAAAUGGCCCUAGGUUGGCUCUUGACAUUAAUAGCGCGGAAACAUACUUACACCUCAUGUCAGUUACACAGACCCUUAAAUUAGCCAUAUGAGACGUCUGUACCUCUCAGGACGUCAGCUGAAGGCUUAUUGAUUGUUUCCAGGAUCUAAACCCGUAUUUUGUGCGUCGUUGAACAGGUUGGAUGUCCAUUUACGUUCUAUAUCAGGUUCUAAAAAUAAAAAUGCUGUUAAAAUCUUGAAA